AUGAACUCAAAUAAUAAUAACACACUACGAUAUUUUUACUCAGUAAAUGAGGCUAUUACUCGGCUUGAUGAAUUGUACCCAAUGGAACAACAUAACGAAUCUGCCGACAUUUGGUCCGAUUUCGUUGACGGAUCCUAUCUUCCUAUAUUAAAUGAAAAAAACGUCUUGCUUGAUUCAGAUCGCAGCUUUGAUUCUGAUAUUCCAAAAAUCGAGAUCGA